GUUAAAAACUUAUGGCUACUUACUUCCAUCUGACAGCCAAAUGUCUGCCUUGCAGUCGGGAAAAGCUGUGCAGUCUGCAGUUGCCACUAUGCAACAGUUUUAUGGAAUCCCAGUAACAGGAGUUUUGGACCAGACAACUAUUGAGUGGAUGAAGAAGCCUCGAUGUGGCGUUCCAGAUCAUCCCCAUCUACGUCACAGCCGGAGGAAAAAGCGCUAUGCACUCACUGGGCAGAAGUGGAGACAGAAGCACAUAACCUACAGUGUGCACAACUACACCCCCAAAGUCGGCGAGAUUGAUACGAGGAGAGCCAUUCGUCAGGCCUUUGAUGUUUGGCAGAGAGUGACACCACUUACCUUUGAAGAGGUCCCUUACCAUGAAAUAAAAAAUGACAGAAAGGAGGCAGAUAUUAUGAUAUUUUUUGCUUCUGGUUUCCAUGGAGACAGUUCUCCGUUUGAUGGAGAAGGUGGAUUCCUGGCUCACGCUUACUUUCCUGGACCGGGAAUUGGAGGAGACACUCACUUUGACUCAGAUGAGCCAUGGACCCUGGGAAAUUCUAACCAUGAUGGGAACGAUCUCUUCCUGGUGGCYGUGCACGAGCUGGGCCACGCGCUGGGGCUGGAGCACUCCAACGACCCCAGCGCCAUCAUGGCCCCUUUCUACCAGUACAUGGAGACACACAACUUCAAACUGCCCCAGGAUGACCUCCAAGGAAUUCAGAAAAUCUACGGUCCUCCCAUUGAGCCCCUGGAGCCAACCAGGCCUUUACCAACUCUUCCUGUUCGCAGAAUUCACUCCACCUCGGAAAGAAAGCACGAGAGGCAGCCACGCCCUGCCAGCCCUCCUCUGGGUGACAGGCCAGCUCUCCCUGGCUCCAAACCCAACAUCUGCGAUGGCAACUUUAACACCGUGGCUCUCUUUAGAGGAGAAAUGUUUGUUUUCAAGGAUCGCUGGUUCUGGCGUCUGCGCAACAACCGRGUGCAGGAGGGCUAUCCCAUGCAGAUUGAGCAGUUCUGGAAGGGGCUCCCUGCAAAGAUCGACGCAGCCUAUGAGCGCUCUGAUGGCAAAUUCGUUUUCUUCAAAGGAGAUAAGUACUGGGUUUUCAAGGAGGUGACGGCAGAGCCAGGCUACCCUCACAGCCUGGUGGAGCUGGGCAGCUGCCUGCCCCGCGAGGGCAUCGACACGGCGCUGCGCUGGGAGCCCGUGGGCAAAACCUACUUCUUCAAAGGGGACCGCUACUGGAGGUACAAUGAGGACAAGAGAGCCACGGACCCCGGAUACCCAAAGCCCAUCACGGUGUGGAGAGGGAUCCCUCAGGCUCCUCAGGGUGCUUUCAUCAGCAAGGAAGGCUUUUACACCUACUUUUACAAAGGGAAGGAGUACUGGAAGUUCGAUAACCAGAGGCUGAGCGUGGAGCCAGGCUACCCCAGGUCGAUCCUCAAGGACUGGAUGGGCUGUAACCAGAAGGAUGUUGAGCGGAGCAAGGACCGGCGCCUCCCGCACGACGACGUGGACAUCAUGGUGACCAUAAACGACGUGCCCAGCACCGUCAAYGCCAUCGCGGUGGUGAUCCCCUGCAUUCUGUCUCUGUGCAUCCUUGUCCUGGUAUACACAAUCUUCCAGUUUAAAAACAAAGAGGUGCAGCAAAAUGUUGUGUACUACAAAAGACCUGUCCAGGAAUGGGUAUGACACAGCCUGCUGCACRUUCCAACUCAUUGAGCCGAUGAGGACUAUGGACACACACAAAAAAAAAGAGAAAAAAUGCAUUGGAAAGCCUACCAAACAGAACUACUUCAGUGACCUACAAGUUUUGGACAGCCUGGGAUGGAAAUAAGCAGGAAAACUGGAAAAAAUAGAGGCAGGGCAGCCUUGCAGUGUGGAGCCUCUUUCCUUCGUACUGCCUCGGUCACCUGCCRGUUGCGGUGCCAUCCACCGGCUCGGUCUGCCAGCACCAGAGUCUUCGAGACAGGUUUCAACUGAUCUGGGAAACUUCCUUCAGUUCCCUGCACCAGUGCUCCCUGUUAAACCCAGCAUUCUCCAGUGUAGCUAAACCACCUCUGAACAGAACCAUUUUUUUAAUAGCUGUCUCAUAAAUGAAUUAAGAUCAUGAAAUCAAUGAACAAGAACAAUUUCAGUGUCAUAAGCAGAAGACAUUCUGAUGCUGAAAACCAUUCUAAAAGAUCUUCUUAGUUUAUUACAAAAUCCAGGGAUCUGCCUGGAUACGAUUUUCCAAUACCUGCUGGUCAGAUGUUUUGUACAUUCAUAACUAAUCAACGCUGCCACUCAGCACAGUGCACGAGGAACCACUGAGCACUCMAAGAGGUACUGGAGUGCGGAGCAGAAGCUCGAGAAGCACCAAACCAGACACCUGGCAACAUCAAGCCCUAGACUGGGACAAUCUGAAGACAAAGUAAUUUGGUCUUAAAAAAAAACCCAAACCAAUCAUUGUUUUUGUUUUGGGAGCCACUUAUGAAAGAAAUAUUUAAAUGUCAUGUAAGUUGGUUCAAGYUCCCGCCGUCAAGAACCCAUGAACCAAUGGUUACCGAAAUACUGGGAAUGUGUAUAGACGCAGACUGCACUCUGCCCCUUAAGAUGCUGGGAAAAGAUGAGUUGUUGUUCCGUGGCAUGUGUAACUAGAUUGUGGAAUUUGUAUGUUGGGUUUCAGGAGAAUGGAAAUGUUUGUUUGGAGUGAGGUCGUCAUAUUUCACUGAAAUAAUCAAGGUACAGUAAGAAUUAGGCCUUUUUGUAAAACUAAAUUCAACCCCUGUAGAUGUUACAAACAUUGUAUGCCUUCAAAAUUUGGGGUCUUUUUUUUUGUUUUGCUCACUUCUUCACAGGCAAAUAUUUGGCAAGGACCAAAGGAAGCAUGCCACACAGUAGAAUGAGUUCACCAUGUUUGACAGAGCCAUAAAAAUCAGGUAAAGGCAAGAAAAAUACCUUAACUUUCAGAUAGUUAACUUUCUUAACUUUCCACAGGUCUCUUCCUACAACAGUAGCUCCUGCUUGUCCCUCUUACAGUUGUGAGUGGUUCAGGACGUUGUGCCCUAACCACAAACUUUUGAUUUUCAUGUUGAUGCUGAUAUUUUUAUGAUGUUGAAUAAGAGUGGAAGAGUCUCUUGCAGUGCAGUGCAGCAGUGAAGCYCAGCACUGUACAGAAGUGCCAUCCAUGUCAGCAUAGGAAUUGCUUUGCCCGCUCACCAUGGGGAACAGGUGAUUAACCUAAGCCCUCUGCCUAUAACUGAAUUUUAUUCAGUGCAAUGGAAGUGCAAUGCACAGAAUGUCCACUUAGUAUAAAAAAGUACCGCUUUAUAAUGUCAGCUCUGAAAAAAAAAACAAUCCAAGGACUACAAACACGCUAAAACUAUUCCUAAUUAGAAUGAGGAACGAAGCAGUAGAGAGAUCGUUAGCAUUCCGGAUUGCUAAUUAGUGCUCAAAUAUUGCUCUGGUGAAGCAGGAUAGACACAUAGAUUCGUCUGGUGAAGCCCACUAGGACUGCAUUAACACGUGGUUUCAAAGUGUAUUUUGUCCUCCAUAACUGAUUUCCAUAGCCAAGCUGUUUAUUGUGUUUAAACAUAAACUAUUUACCAACAUAUUACAAAGUAAGUGAGAAGCUCGUAGCCUCGAACCUUUGAACCGUAGUGACAAAAACGUGCUAACGUCUCAUGAUGGGUGAAGGAGUGCGAAGGACCAAACAAACGGAAUCAGAGCUGCUGAUCAGACGCCCCCACGCCACUCGGCGUUGCUCCGUGUGCCAGAGGUGCAGUGGGACACACACCCCGGACACCACGGCCAUACGGCACCUCGGUCUCAUCUGUACGCUGCCAUCUCGCCGGGACUGCGACAGCCCAAACCUUUGAGCAACUUCCAACAGCCAUCAUUAAAAAAAAAAAAAAAUUAAAAAAAAAWUUACAACGGUGAGCAAUGUCUGGGUUUGUUUAUGUUUUCCUCCCCUUUGCCCCAAAGGCUUUUGGCCGGCCUGAGGAACGAGCUGUGCAAGCAGUGCAGUGUCCAGGCAGGCAGAGCAGUGUGCCCGGGGUGGCUGCAGCAGGGCAAGCUGCUGCCUUGGGC